AUGUACUUUGAAAAAGUUCAUCAUGACUUGACGGGUUCCUUAGGAAUUAUUCAUCGAGAUUUUCACAGUGGAAAUAUUCUUUGUAAUAGCGAAUAUGAUGUUGUAAUUAGUGAUCUAGGAAUAAGUAAAUUGUCAACUGAAGCAUCUGUUAAUGAAAAUGGCUAUUAUGGGAUUAUUCCAUACAUUGCUCCAGAAAUAUUUCAAGGGCAAAAAAGCAAUAAAUAUACAGAGGCUUCAGAUAUUUAUAGCUUUGGAAUGAUAAUGUGGGAAUUAAUGAUAGGUAGAAGACCUUUUUGGGAUCAAAAUUACGAUACAGAACUUAUCAUUAAAAUUUGUGAUGAUAUUCGCCCUUCUAUUAUCACCACAAAUGCACCUGAAGGAUAUAUCGAAUUAAUGCAAAAAUGUUGGCAUUCUGAUCCAAAAAAGAGACCAACAACAAGGGCUAUUCGUGAAUCAGUUAAGAAAAUAAUUUCGAAUGAAAAAAAGAAUCCAACUAAAAUUAUAAAUUCUAUUGAUAUUGGACCUACGAGUAAAGUAACAACUGUAACAACUAUUUCUGCGGAAUCUACAAGGAGUUUAAAAAGUCGAAGUAUUUUUGGUAAAAGAAAAUUUGAGGAUAGUGACAAUCGCGAAAAUAUUAAAAAAGCCAAAUCCAAUGAUAAUGAUCGCAAUGGAUCUAAUCAUAACUAG